AUGGGAACAACAACAACAAGAGAGGUGACAAGGACGGCAGCAAAUAGUGAGUUCCUCUCACUCUACGCAACAAUCAACAAAGACUUGAAAUUGUUGGCAGGUCAAACUAUUGCCAGAGUUGACAAGAGGCUUGGAUUUCUGAAGUUCAAGCCGUGUGAGGGCGUAGGUGACAUCAGUCUGGGCAAGGUGGUGACGGAAGGAAAGUGGGAGCAGCGAUGUGUGUUUGGUCGUGAGGGAAGCGGUCUAGGAGAGUGCCAUGUGGCUUGGGACAUUGCUGCUCGUCAGCCUGAUGAGAUUACAGUGGCUGACUGCUACAAAAACCGAGUUGUGAUCUACAGCAUCGAUGGUAACCAGAAAACCCCAAUCCCGAUGGAAAAAAGCCCAUGUGGCAUUGCAGCUACACGCACCGGCAAUCGCUUAGCGGUUGUUGAGGAGAAAACAUCCCACGUGAAAGUAUUUGACAAGGACAACACGCUGGCUUUCCAGUUCUCCACAGUGCCACCGAGUGAGGUCGGUAAGACCGCAGUGAACCUCCAGAGUGUAGCAGUCAAGACGGAUGGGACCAUUGUGGUUGGUGAUAUCAAGAGAAUGGUGCUGACCGAACACAGCCCCACUGAUGGCAAACUCAGAAGCACCAUCCCAGUCAAGAUUAAACCUCGUUAUGUGGCUGUUGACAGCAAUGAUCGAGUUGUAAUCAGUGACUUUAAACAGUUAGUCGGUGUUGUUGAUGGGAAUGGUGAUACACUGUUCACCAUCAAACCUAUCAUCAAUGGUGAGGUAGUUAGAUACUGUACUGGUGUAUGCGCAGAUAGCACAGGCAUCUAUGUUGCAAUGCAGAAUGGUAGUUACACUGGUGAUAUCCACCACUAUGACCCUCAAGGUGGCUUUCUCCACUGCAUCGCAGAGGGUCUGCACUGGCCCGUGGGAAUCACAUUCACAGCAGAUGGGCAACUGGCAGUUGCAGAUUUGUACUCAGUGAAGAUUUAUGACUUUGUUUAAUGUAACACAAACAAGUCGAUUUCCUUCCGCUUUCUUCAGGAGGAAACAGCAGUAGCAUUAGUCGGAAAUGUUGCGGUGUGA